CAAAUACCACUUAAAGGACACCUUGCUGCACAGUCACCUGUUGACAAAAAAUUUCCAGCAGAAAUGUCCAAGAAAGAAGACAUUAAAAAGGGACAUGAAGCAGCAACUGCUAUCUGCAAACAUGUGGAUUUCCUCAUGUCAACUCAAAAUCCUUGCAACCCUGACGAAGGCAAUUGGGUGAAACCUAGGGUCCACCUUUGUAAGAGGCAUUUUGAUGAUAUUUAAAAGAAUGAAUGGGAUACAGAUUGUGAGGAUCUAUUAAAUUCUCCUCGGAGGCACACAGUGUUCUACAGCUUACUGUUUGAGAAGAAAAGAUUAAAAUGAUGAACUUUCUUGCAGAUUUAAUUGCCUCCCAGAAACCUGUGAACAAACUCACUUACAGUGUGAAAAGUUGCAGCUGAGACUGUUGUGUUAGCUUACAUGAAUUAUGUACAUACAAGAGGAUUCUGGGAUAGAAUAAAAGAUGGCGUUCUUUACAGAACACAUGUAGUAGUUUUACUUACAAACAACACAACAGAAACAUGGUGCAGAACAGUAAAGUUAAAGUUAAAACAAAAAGAAAUAAUAACUGCCUUAACAAUCAUCAACAGCUGCAGCUACAAGGGUGACAAGCUUAUUGAGACAUUCAGGUUAUCAUAAACUACCAUUCCUGCCUUGAAUACAUAGCAAAAUAUGCAUCAAAGGCUGAAAAAAAUUAUUUAGUUGCUUUAAAUGCUUUUACAUCUGUUCUUUCUGAACCUUCUAAUCAACAUGAUGGCAAGACAGCCAUAAGAAAGUUAAUGAUAAGGGCUGUUGCACAGAGAGAUAUGAGCAUUCAAGAAGUAAUGCAUCAGUUACUUUGAAUUACACUUGUAAGUUCUACAUUUCAAAUACAAACAGCAUCUCUUUAAGGCUCUGAAGAGUGCAACUGACAAAAGAUGGGAAUUUAGACACUAAACCUUCUUCGCUUGACAUGUAUGCAAAAAGAACUAGUUUUGAAAGUGACUUCCCUAAAAUCUGUAAUUUUGCAACUAUCUUCUGCCAAACUAAAUCAGGCUUCAAGAAACGAACUUCUCUCAUUGUAAUAGAGACUUACCCAAACAACUCUUCGAAUCCCAAUUCUCCUAAUUAUCAUUUAUUUUGUAAAUACCAGUUGGUCACAGCAGAAUGAUUACAUUUCACAAUAUGUUAAUGAAAUAAUAAACCUUUUGCAUGCCGAGUGGGGACUGAUCACCAGAGUUCACUGGAGGUCAUUGGAAUUAUACAUCUGCCUUGUGGGUCGAUUUUUGCACCUCUAGGGACAUGCCGUUGUUGGGGCUUUGAAGUACAAGCUGAAGCACCAUCACUCUUCUUCAUAGAAUUCAACACUGUGUAGACUAAGGCCAAGAGAUGGUGACAAUGUCCCUGUCUGACUUUGCAAGGACAUCUUCUAAACUCAGUAUUUGACCUUGAAUCACUGCCAAAAUCAUUUUCAUUUCACGCGGAUUCUCCAACUUAGACACCGAUCAAUAACAUUUUCCUUUCAAAACACAACAUUCAGCUUGUGAAAGGUGAUGAAAAGAAAAUGAACAUAAUCUUCCACAAAGAACACCUGAACCCUCUGAUCUGAUUUUUUUUCCCUUGAUAAACUCCCCUCAGCACUUUCUGGUUAAACUUUAACAGGUUACUUCACUAUUAGUUGUCAUUUUUGGUUAGCAGUUCAAGAAAAACACAAGCACAAAGGAAUAA